AUGGAGAUAUAUAUGUAAACAUAAUUUAUAAAUGCAUUAUAUAUAUUAAAUAAACACAUAUCACACAUAAGAAGGUAAAGUUAACCUUCAUUCUAGUUUAAUCAGCCAAGGUUUUAGUGCGAUACUGUCAUCGCCUCACGAGUCUUUCAGGUAACCGAGAAGGUAGGGUCGUUUGAAUAAACAUAACCUGUUUUAGGGUCAAGGAACUGGUUGAAAUCACACAAACUUUAUGCACAGCCGGGUUAGAACUGAAGGGCAUAUAACCCCAACCUCCGUAAUCAGGUUAUCUGAUAUCAGAGAAAAUAUGAUAAGGGCAAAAUGAAGCAGUUAUUCAAAUAGGAUGGUAUUUUAGUUUCAGACAGCAAUAAGGCUGAGGCGUGUGCUUAAGGUUUUGUGGGCUGGAAAAGUAUUAUGAUUUGGAACAAAUAAUGGAGCAGUCGGAAUGGAAUGCGAUUUCCAUCCUGUUUGUGAGUGAGAUUAAAAGAACCAUGAUAACUUGUCUGUAUUACUCAUUGAAGGUUACAUUAUGGUAGAGAUGGACUUGAGGACAAAUACACCGAACAGUGCGCUCUCUGAAUCACAGGAAAGAGACUUUACCAAUAUGGCUGGACACAGAACUGAAAACAGAAUUUCCUUUUGGGGGUAUUUCGGGUUUGGUAGGCCUCUGCUGGGAUUGUUCCUCGCGGUCUUCAUCAUCGCGCUUCUGAUCAUUGUAGGGUGGCCAAUUCCAGCUGCUUUCUUCGUUCUCGUAUCCCUGGGAUUCCUCUACGGCAUCUAUAAAUCCUGCCAAAUGACUGGGAGGGAAGGCGUCAACGUCCCAGGGCCAAGACUCAGAAGUCGCCAGCCUGCAGGAGACAGAGACCCUUUCGAUGGGAACAACCAGAUGUUCUUGGAACUCGCUGCAAAUGCCCUUGUGAGGGACCACAGGGGAACGACUGGAAGCUUCCCACCGCAAAGUUCCAUGAACAGGGCGUCUCCUCCACCCGACGACCCGCCUCCAGAUUACUACGAAGUGACGGGAAUCUCAAAAUCUGUGGGGUUUUCUUCGGGAGAAGGAGGAUGCAACCCUUCGUCGGAGCUGUCGACGCGUCCUCCUUCACGCGCUGGUGACCUUGGUUCCGAUGUCGUGUCGAGAGACGACGGGUGUGAUAUUCUGGCGUCAGGAAAUCCUCACCUGGUGCUGUUCAGACUGCCCAGUUACGACGAGGCGGUUGCCAACGGUCAACGGAGUGGUGGUCAUUUUUCUACAGAAAGCGCAGACAUAGAAUAGCGAUAGAUAGCCUCAGUAUUUACUAUACUGGCUCUAUUUUAUUUUAUCAAAACCAUUUAAACUUACAGAUGAAUUCUGAGAUAUGAAAAAGUUGACACUGUGUUUCUAAUGAACCGUUGCUGAUAGAUACAUAAAAAUUUCUCGUGAUUCCCUUGACAAUAUAUUAUAUAUUUUUUAAAGAUCUAUGCAAGAGAAAACGAAACUGUACAGCAAACGUGGCAAUGAGGAAAAAGUAAUUGGUGCUGUCCUAUUUUUAAACAAUGAAUUUCCCACUUUUUCGAAGUCCCAUAAAAUGGAUAAAAACAAGUUCAGCGAUUUCUGUCACAGGAUUGUUAUGUUUCCUAUGUUACAAUACCAAACCAAACGAAGGGCUAGCUAUUGCUAACAAGAAACACAGAGCUGAUUCGCUUAAUGCUUCCUUCGCGCAUUUCUUAUAUCAUCUCAAGUACAGGUAACAGUAAAACAAUUAAAAAACCUAACUCUUAUAAUAGUUUGAUUGGAAACAGAUUAUGGCCUCUCGACAUGACGUUUUAGUGUAGCGUUCCAAAUGAAAUAAAAAUAGAGGGAGAAUUCAGAAGAUCACAGUAAAUAUGUCUACCAUAAGAGUUUGGAAACCUGUUCGUUGUUAUACUGGAGUAUAUGCCGAUCACUUUCUGUAACAGAACUCAUACUGUCUACAUGGUAUUUAAGAUGCAGAAUCUCAUUGCUUGGGACUUUUAAAGUUGUCUUCCAAAAAUUCCUUUUUUUAAUGCUUCCACAAAUAACAAAAAUGCUUAGACGUAUUAAAUCUUCGCUGUUUCUUGUUUGAUGAAAUAAAAGGGCUAAUGGUCUCUGUCAUUUGAUUUAAAA